AUGGGUGGACAACGGAAGGCCAUGAACAGGCGUGGCAAGAAAUCAGACCUACCGCAAUCAUCAUACGACGUCUUCGAAGCCUCCGACAACUCUGAGGCAGAGCAGCUGACAAACCGGCGGCAGCUGGAGCGUGUUGAUGUGCGUGACUACGAGGUUGACGAAAUCGACUCUUCAGACGACGAGGAUAUCGACAGCGACGGCGCGUUUGAUGAGAGCGAUGAAGAGCAGUUUGGCUCGUAUAAAACCAAGACGGCCAAGGGAACGACGGAUGAGGACAGGGACAUGAGUGAUGUGGAGGAAAUGGACGAGGACUUUGAGGGUCUGGUCGACCUCUCUGAGAUGCUGGAUGGCGGUGCCGAGUCAGAUGAGGAGCCGGCUUCGAGCAAGCCCAGGCAGGACGACGAUAUGUCAGACGAUGUUCUUGAUCAGAUCGACUCCGAGUCAGACAGCGAGAUGUCAGAGGAAGACGAGGACAGCAAGCUCAGCAAGCUCAGCAAGCUCGAUGGUUUUGUGACAUCAAUCAGUGCACGUGCACCUAAGCGCAGGUUUGUCAGCGAAACCGGCGACUCGCGAGCUGAGGACGAGCAUGCCAUUGGCAGUGGCCUGUCUACAAAGGGCGUGUCGCUGGGGAUCGAUGAUCUUCUGGGCUCCUUCGCCACACCGGAUUCUGAGGAUGAGGAGGGCGGCGAGGGAAAGGCGGCCAAGGAGAUCCGAGUACUGCGUGACAAGGUUGCCAGGCUUGAUAAGGCUGCUAACAAGCGCGGGUCAGGUGUGGUUGCGGCGCCGCUGGCUAAGCGUCUGCAAGACCAGGUGGACCGCAAGGUAGCCUAUGCGAAGACCAAAAAGAGCAUUUCGGAAUGGCAACCGACGGUGGACGCAAAUCGAUCAGCAGAGCACCUGUCGUUCCCGCUGAAUGCGCCGAGCGCGCCUGUUGUCAACAGCACUGCGCUAGUGGCAACCGGCCAUAGCAAGACUGACAUGGAGAUGCAGAUCUCGCAGAUGCUGGCCGACAGCGGAAUGACGGACGAGCAGCAACAGCAAUACGAGGAGCUGGAGCUCAAGAAACUGUCGCCGGAGGAGGUCAAGGCCAGGCGGCGCGAGCUGCGGCUUAUGCGCGAGUUGAUGCUUAUCGGCGGUAUUCUGAAGAAGGACAAGCUGAAGGCCAAGGACCAGGCGCUUGAGCAGAUGCGCGAGGACGACCCGGAAAUGUAUGCUAUGAUUAUGGAGCGGCAGGCACGCAGCCGUGCUGAAGAGCGCAUGUCACUGAGACACAAAAACACUGGCAAGUGGGCGAAGGCUGCGGCCAAGCAUGCUCACGGAAACGACGACGUGCGCAAGGCCCUGCAGGAGCAGCUCGACCAGCACGAGUCUCUCAAGCGCAAGAUCUAUGAUCUCGAUAACGAUGAGGAUGUUAGCGACUACGAGCAGCGCCAGGCUGCCGGUAUGGAUGAUGAUGAGGGCGCAUCGGACUUCUCGGACAACGAUGGCACGUUCAGCCAGAUCAAGGACAAGGCCAUGAAGGAGCUCAGCAAGGUUAUUGAGGGCGACAGCGAGGAGGCACAGCCGCGUAAGGGCCUAUUUGCGAUGAAGUUUAUGCAGAAUGCGAUGGAGCGCGAGCGCCAGCAGGCAGAGCGCGAUGCCAGGGCGAUCCGCGAUGAGUUCGAGUCCCUCGAGGCUGACGUCGAUGAAGAUGGCCAGGCCAUCAAACUGCACAAAAACGCCCCUGAUGACCAGAAUUCAGUGGAGGAGGAGGAUGUCAAGCGCGUGCGUCUUAACAGCGCUGGCCAAAACAUGACCAUUGGUGACAAGACCACUGCUGCUGAUACGAGCAACCCGUGGCUGGCCGACGAGGACGCGCACGGGGCGUCCAACCGCAGCGGCAAGAUGGCCGGUCUGUCGCGCGACAGCACCAAGCUGGACAAGCUGUCUGCCCGCCUGCGCGCCAAGCGCCAGGCAGUCAAAUCUGCUGGCGGCUCAGACGACGUGCUUCUGGACGACGAGGAUCCCGAGGGCAUUCGCCUUGAGUCUGUCGAUGACAGCAAGAAGCCAGCUGUGUUCUCGCAGCGCGAGCUGGUUGAGCAGGCGUUUGCCGAGGACGACGUUGUGGCUGAGGAGUUUGAACAGGAGAAAAUCGAAGCGAUGGAGGAGGAUGCGCCUAAGGAUGAGGUCAUCUCGAUGCCUGGGUGGGGUUCCUGGGGUGGCACCAGGACCAAGUCGCGCAAGAUCACCCGCCCAGCUGCCAAGGACUCGGGAAUAGAGAAAGACAAGCGCAAGGACGCAAAACUCGGCAAGGUCAUCAUCAACCAGAAACUGGCCAAGGCAUCCACAAAGUAUUAUGCCGACAAUCAGUUCGAGGAGACCCUGCAAGCGCCGCUGGGCCGGGAGUGGAAUACUACCCGGUCACACUCCAAGAUGGUCAAGCCGCGUGUCAUGACCAAGAUGGGCAAGAUCAUCGAUCCGAUCAUGAUCCCAUCAAAGAAGCGCCAGGUUGCAGUCUGA